AUGAGCUUCAACCUUGGCUUUAAGGCGCUUGCUUAUCCUGCGUCGAACCUCUCGGAGCCCACAUUGCCAUGUCAGUGUUCGGUAGCUUUUAGGUGUGACUCCGACGCCAACAAGGCGACCAUCCUGCUCGUAGCCACAGUACCCACCGCCCAUGCCAAACAAACCUUUGUUCUUCAGUACGAUGCCGACAAGCUGUUGUCUGACGCUGUCAGCCUCAGCAACGGCAACAACCAUGUCACACGGCCGCAGCUGGACGAGAUCCUGCGGGACAAGGACAACAAACGCUCCGAUAUCAAGACACUCGCCCUGGGCGUGGAACAGCCGUGUCCUCUCUGGUGUCCGGAUUUUCGAUCUUUUGCUCAUAGGCCUGGCUCUGAGCCUUUGUUCCGACAGUUUGUAGAUCUUACCAAAGCAGCCACAAUUCACAUCGUCUUUGAUUACAAGUAUCUGCCCAAACAACACCAGGCCAUGUUCAAGGCUUUUAGCAAGGCGGCGAAGGGCCUAGCUGGCUAUCCAGUCGAAGGAUUUCUUACUAAACUAGGGCUGAGAAAGGCGACCUGGGAGGUCUUCGGCCCCGUCGACGCCGUUGGGGCACCGCCUGCUUACGACAACUCUCGCAAAAGGUCAAGGCCGGUAAGCUCCACCUCACCCAGCCAGUCCCCGAAACGCUUUGCUCCCCAGUCACCUACCGAGUCGUACACAUCCGAGAAGACGGUACCCUUGAGCUCGGCCACAGCCGAGGCUUUUGGAAGGGCACUCAGGGAAGCAUCACCUGGGUUUGACUACCAGGCUGAGGCGAUCAACGCCGCGGUCGGCAGACAGCUUCCUGCUUAUCUCGACAAAGCCUUGCCGGCCCUGCUUCCAGACAUCCUCCAAACACUCUUCACCGGUGCACCUUCAAGAUCCAACCUCGGCACUCCCCACACCUCCUUCGACUCCUCUGGCAAGCCACCUCGAAAGCUGCCAAAGCUGACGCCUCUGGGCCAUGCCCUGCUCCCCCACCUCAGAACGCAUCUCGCCGACCAAUUCCAGCAAUACCAAACCCAUCAACUCAAGCAGUUCCAGAAACUGCUUGACAGCCUCUGGGACUCUGCGGAAGGGACACGCGCUCACGAGACCGCCGAGAUGAUAGAGGAAAUGGAGGAGCACAAAACCGACAUGAUGCUGCUAAAGGAAGACGCCAUCAAGGAUCUCUCGCGCGAAGUUGAUGCCGUGUUCGAGAAGAAUAAAGAGCAGGGGUGGGAGUGGAGCGAUGCCCUUAGUGAGAGACUUGAGGGUGUGUUUGGGGAGAUGUGCGAUAGGAUUGAUAGGAUGAAGAGGGUGAGGUUAAAGAAGAUUGUUGCGUUUGAGGUAAGGAAGUAUGAGCGGAGGAGGAAAGGCGUACCGAGGGGUGUGGGUAGAAGUCUGGUUAGGAGAAAUCAGAAGCUCUUGGGGAGGAGGAGGGAGGCAGAUGAGCUGGUGUGGUUUGACUGCUGA